AGUUUUUAACAAAUAUUUCUGAGAUUGCCACACCCUGUAUAAAUGUUUUGACAAUGACUGAAUUUUGACAUAAUAGACCAAAACAAACAUGGCGAAUGCUUCGUGCAGAAAGUCACAGCAAUGGCUAUGGCGGGCAAAGGGUGGAAUUAUGUUUCAGGCGCACCAGAAAAUGAUGACCAACAACGCCUGCGCUUCCAAAUUGAACUGGAGUUUGUGCAAUGCUUGGGAAAUCCAAAUUAUUUAAAUUUUUUAGCGCAGCGUGGAUACUUUAAAGACUCAACAUUUAUAAACUACUUAAAAUAUUUAUUAUACUGGAAGGAACCUCAAUAUGCCAAGUUUUUGAAAUAUCCAAUGUGUUUACACUUCUUGGAUCUGCUUCAAUAUGAACAUUUCCGGCGUGAACUAGUAAACGCCCAGUGUUCCAAGUUCAUAGAUGAUCAGCAAAUUCUGCUUUGGCAGCAUUAUACACGACGGAGAAGUCGUCUUCUGCAAACCCCCAGUGUAAAUGGCACCAAUGGUGAAGCACAAGGACAGAACACAAACCAGAAUGGUCAUCCUAAAAUUACAUAAUUAGGAUAAUAUUUUAACUAACUUUAUAAGCAUUAUUUAACAUUAAUCAUUACUUAUAACCAAGAAAGUGAAAAUAAAUUUGUACAUUAUUUGUUCGCACUAUAUAA